AUGCAGAUGCUCAGUCACCGCAUCUCACUUAAUCCGCAGACACAUGCAAAGGGCGCCUUCAACGUCAUCGGCUGUGGUUCCUACUGGUCAGGCUCACCUCGAUACGUACAGCGCAGGCAUCGCGUGUUCACCGCCAAAACAGACAUGGGUGUUCAUCGGCUAGAAGAUGCUCCUCGCGCAACUGCAUUGCGAGGACUUGUCGAGGUCUCUCAGCCGGAGACGAGACGAAUGAGAAGCCCGGACCGCUACAUAUGGGAUGGAUUCAUUGGAGGGCAGGGCAGCGGAGAGUUGACUAAAGUGAGAGUGAUGGAGGCUCCGCUCAUUUGCCCCAACAUCCCCGACCUCGAUUGUUUCGAUCUCGCUCGCCCUCAAGCCCCUUUCACAAUGCAUAUGCACGUCUCCACAGGCCUUGGGCUGGACGAGCUGGAGUGCAGCAGCAACGAACAAGGCACGUAA